AUGGAGGCGUUCGGUCGGCGUAACUUCAUCGUCCUGGGAUUCUGCUGCAACCAGUUUGGGCUCCAGUCUCCAGAGGUGAACCAUGAGACUCUAAACGUACUGAAGUAUGUCCGACCUGGAGGAGGAUUCGAGCCCAAAUUUCCCAUUUUCGGUCGAAUCGACGUCAAUGGUUUGAACGAGGAGCCUCUCUAUACUUAUCUGAAGGAGUCGCUUCCGUUUGUGAACCCGGUGAUCGGAGACAUCAAGAAGUUCUACUGGUCUCCGCUCAAAGUCAACGACGUACGCUGGAACUUUGAGAAGUUCGUGGUGACAGCAGACGGCGCCCCCUACAGGAGGUAUGACCUCCACAGCCCGUUUGAGAACGUGGAGCAGGACGUCGCCGCCCUGUUGGCCUGA